AUGCCUGGGAGAGGCGCUAGACUCGGCAGAGGCGAGGGAGCUGGGCUUGGGGGCGUGGGACAGGGAGCGGGGAUGGGGUCUGGUCUGGGUGAUGUAGGACUUGGAGCGGGGAUGGGAUCUGGUCUGGGUGGCGUGGGACUUGGAGUAGGUGCUGGUGCUGGGCUUGGGGGCGUGCACGUUGGGUCAGGGAGGGGAGCUGGCCUUGGUGGCGUGAGACUGGGAGUCGGGAGGGGAGCUGGUCUAGGUGGCGUGGGACUGGGAGCCGGGAGGGGAGCUGGUCUAGGUGGCGUGGGACUGGGAGCCGGGAGGGGAGCUGGUCUAGGUGGCGUGGGACUCGGAGCCGGGAGGGGAGCUGGCCUUGGUGGCGUGGGACUCGGAGCCGGAGGGGAGCCGGCCUUGGUGGCGCGGGACUGGGAGGCGGGAGGGGAGCCGGCCUUGGUGGCGCGGGACUGGGAGGCGGGAGGGGAGCCGGCCUUGGUGGCGCGGGACUGGGAGGCGGGAGGGGAGCCGGCCUUGGUGGCGCGGGACUGGGAGGCGGGAGGGGAGCCGGCCUUGGUGGCGCGGGACUGGGAGGCGGGAGGGGAGUCGGCCUUGGUGGCGCGGGACUGGGAGGUGGGAGGGGAGCUGGCGUUGGUGGCGUGGGAAUUGGAGAAGGGAGCGGAUCUGGUCAUGAUGGCGUCUCCUUCCUCUGCUUCUUGUGGUUCUCUUGGCCUACUGCUUGCCUUCGUGAUGAGCACUCUCCUGAUGAGCUCUAUGCUCCCUCACAUAGCCACACCCUACUAUGCUUAG